GCGUUUCCGCCGUGCGUCUGCCGCGCUCCGCGCGCUCUUUACGUCGGAGGCCUGGGUGUAGGCGUUUCCGGCCAUUCAUACUGCGGUCCGGUGGCCCUCCGUUGUCGGUUUUUGUGCACUCUCGGACUGAAAUCUCCGUUAGGAUGAAGCUCGUGAGAUUUUUGAUGAAAUUGAGUCACGAAACUGUAACCAUCGAAUUAAAGAAUGGAACACAGGUUCAUGGAACAAUCACAGGUGUAGAUGUCAGCAUGAAUACUCAUCUUAAAGCUGUGAAAAUGACUCUGAAGAACCGAGAACCCGUACAACUGGAAACACUGAGUAUCCGAGGAAAUAACAUUCGAUAUUUUAUUCUGCCAGACAGCUUACCUCUGGAUACACUACUUGUGGAUGUUGAACCGAAGGUGAAAUCUAAGAAAAGGGAAGCUGUUGCAGGAAGAGGCCGAGGAAGAGGAAGAGGAAGAGGACGUGGCCGGGGCAGAGGAAGAGGGGGUCCUAGGCGAUAAUGUCUCUCAAGAUUACUGUUUCAAAAUGAUAUGUGAUUUGGGAUAUUUUUUGUACAGGUUUUGUUUGUUUAUGUCAGUUUUUAAUAAACAUAAAUGUAGGCCAGCUGUCUAUUGACUAUAUCACAUUUAGUUUUAAUAGUUCAUAUAUAUUCAUGAUAUUAAUACAGUGAGAGCUGAGCAUUAUUACAUGGCAGUCCCAGAAUUCAAUUGGUAGAUCAGGCUUUUAAUUUUUUUAACUAAAAUAGUUCACACACCUUUUACAUCACGUGCACUGAAUAUGCAUUUUGUUUGUUUUGCUUCAACUCCAUUCUGUGAAACCUACCUACAGGUGAAAUGGGUUUUGUUUGUUACUUCAGAAGCUGAAGUCCUAUGGAAUGGGGUCUAAAAUUCAUUCUCCUUUCCUGAGUUUUAUUCCAUGGAGACUUAGGUACUUAGUAAAAGGUGAUAGUCAUCUUCUAAUUCAGGACUCAUUGAUUUUGUUGAUAGUUUUGUUUGGUUUUUGUUUUAUUUUUUCCGUAGUUUCUCAAUAGAAUAUACUUUUCCAUUCCCCUGACUUGAAACUUCAGAUAAUGUUCACUAGGUUAUCAGUUGUAAGCAGUGUUGAAAUGUGUUAAUGUGGAAUGUACCUGUCAGUGGCUCCCUUAUCAAGACCUUUUACAAGGAGUCCUUAAAGAACAAAAGGGAAAAAGACCUGUUUUACUUGUUUUGUCUGAUAACAAAACUGGAUUCUUCCCCGUAGUUAAUAAAGCUCUUUAAAAAUUGUUUUAAUUGGUUAAGCUUAGAGAUGAAUACCUGUCAGCAUAUACAGUUCUUUGUAAAGCUUACUACCAUUUGUUUAUAUGCUAAGGGAAAAAAACCUAACUGAGGAUUGGGAAGAAUUAAGUCUGUAUUUUUACUUAAUUAUGCUGUGGAGUUUUGUUUUUUAAAUGAGCAAAUUGUCUGCAAAGAUCUAAAAGGGUGUUAGGCCAUGUAAGAGGGUUAUGUAAAUUGAGAGAGAGCAAGAACAUUUGUGUGUGGUAUGUGUAUGUGUGUCUCAAUCCUUUCCAUCUACUGAUCUGUUGGUGUUCCUAUUAUUUGAACUUGGGCAGAAGGCAAGGAAGCCCAAUGGUACAGCAAGGUGGAGAGGAGAUUUAAAGGGAGCAAACGAGACCUGGCACAAGUGAACAAACAUAAGUUGAUUCCUGUCCUCAUAGACUUUAUAGGCUAAAAGAGAAGGAAAGUUACAUAACAUUGAUAACAUAACUGCAAGUUGUGACAACUCUGAUAAAGAGUAUUUCAUACUAUCUUGUCUAUUUUAAAAGCAGUUUGUAUUGACUUCCCAUUUUGAUUUUAAGUCAUAUGCCAAUGUAAUAUCAAAGGUAUUAACCUGUUUUGUGAGUUUUAAUGUCCAGAUGUUUGCAAUGUGAAAACCAUUCUGGUAACAUAGUUUAAAUGUAAGACUAAACAAUAGUGGUUACUAGUUGAGUUUGUUCCACUUGAGGUCAAUAUUUCAUUUUUAUGUUAAAAGAAAUUGUAUGAAGAAAAGGCUGUUUGAACUGAUUGCCAUUAUUAGGUAUAAAGGAAACACUGCAAUAUGAGUAGAAAACAGACCAGGCUUUUAAUAUGCUCCUCCUGCCUCACUUCCCCCCAAAAAGUAAAUAAGGAUCGUAGUGCUGCUGCAUUUUGCACACCUUAUAUCUUUCAAAACUUAAGAUUUUGUGAAGUUUAGUUGUGUGGGUUUUUUUCUUUUUUUAAGAAAUUAUGCGUUUAGGUAGAAAAUCGUAAGUGAAGUAAUAGCAAAUCAAAUUUCACAGCGUGUUUUUAUCUAUUGUGGUUAUGCAAGGAUGGCAUAGUAUUUUGAAAUGUAUUAAUAUAGCCAGUAGUCAAACAAAAUUUACAUGAUUAUAAUGUUGGAAUGACAUUUCAUAAAAUACAGCAUUUAUUCCUAAAAACCUAAGCUGGAAGAUAAUUCCUUAACAUAGUGAAGAAAGUCCAUCUUAAACCAAUAGAAGACAUUUUCUAGAGACAUUACAAUUAAAACAACAA